UAAUCAUACUCUAGUAAUAAUAAUUCUUAUCGAUUUACGUGUCAUCGCAAUAUUUUUCACUUUCCCCCUCCCAUACUCCACACCUUUACCCACACUAGAAACAGUUUUGCUAGUCCCACUCCAAAACCAUAUUGCCCUAGCGAAACAAUCAAACGGUCCAAACCCAUUGGGCCCCCACCAACCAACCCCCCCUUCCCUCCGACCCCAUGGGCAACUCCCGCCGCCCCGCCGCCGCGGCCACCGCUCCGUCGCCGUCGCCGCCGGCGUCGGACCUGGAGGUAGGGUUCGCCAAGCUUCAGGGGGAGGACUUCGAGUACUACAUGCAGACCUACUCCAUCGUCCUCGGCCGCCACAGCCGCAGGAGGAACCAGCCCGUCGGCGUCGGAGUCGGCGUUGGCGUCGGCGGCGGAGGCGGAGGCGGAGGCGACGCCGCCGCGGACGACGUGGACGUCGACCUCGGGAUCCUCGGCGGCGGGAUGAACGUGUCGCGCCGCCACGCGCGCAUCUUCUACGACUUCCCGCGCCGCCGCUUCGCGCUCGAGGUGCUCGGCAAGAACGGGUGCCUCGUCGAGGGCGUCCUCCACGAGCCCGGCGGCGAGCCCGUCAAGCUCGACUCCCAGGACCUCCUUCAGAUGGGGGACGCCCAGUUCUACUUCCUCCUCCCCACCCGCUCCGUCUUCGCCACCGACGCCGCGCGCCGCGCCUCCGCCGCCGCCCGGCGCGCUGUCCCGCCGCCUCCCUCCUCCUCCUCCGACGGCGAUGAUGGGGAGGAAGAACGCGAAGCGGCGGUGGCUAAGCGGCCGAGGAACGGAGACGCCGGGUCUCUCGCUGGAAGGAAGUCUGAGAAGGGAUCAAAAGGUUACAGACAAUCAGAUAACCUACAACUCUUGCAGUUGGAAGAGAAAGAUGUUAUCUCAUCAACAGCUACUGUCUUAUCUGAUCUCUGUGGACCUCAGGAAUGGGUGCCUAUGGACAGGCUUCAUGAAGUGAUGUUUGAGAAAUAUGGCGACUUGUGGCACCACAACAGGGUGCGGAAAUAUUUGACAUCAGAAGACUGGCCCAAGAGCGAAACUGAUGGUAGACCGUGGCACGGGCUCUCUCUGCUGCUAAGGAAGUACCCUGAGCAUUUUGUGAUAAACAUAAGAAUGUCAGGGGGGCGGAGCAUUGAGUUUGUCUCUCUGGUUUCGCUGCAACCCUGACUAGUUCGUAGUGAGUCGCAUCCUGUGUGGGACAAGCUUUGGAGCGUAUGUUUCGCUGCUCUUGUAAACAGCAAAACUGAAGUUAGCAACAGGGUAGGAAAGAAUCCUACAAAGGUUUUGUUUUUGUUUUCUCGGCGGUUAAAUUGGUAGAUACAUAGAGUGUAGGGCAAUUUUACCUGUGCAUUAUCAGAGUGCGAAAGUUUACCUUUCAUUUCUCUCUUUUGUUGUUGUUGUGUGUGAUCUGCCUCUUGGUGUUUAA